CAGCAGUGCACCAACCGGAAGCGUCCGUGUUGUGGCGGAAGGAGAUGUUUUCUGGCAGCUGCCGGUGGUGAGAAGCGUGGCGGGCAAAGAUGAUUCAGGCGAUUCUUGUUUUCAAUAAUCACGGGAAGCCGCGGCUGGUCCGCUUCUACCAGCGUUUCCCAGAAGAAAUUCAACAGCAGAUUGUUCGAGAGACCUUCCAUCUAGUUCUCAAGCGGGAUGACAACAUCUGUAACUUCUUGGAGGGUGGAAGUUUGAUUGGUGGCUCUGACUACAAACUGAUCUAUCGGCACUAUGCUACCCUCUACUUUGUUUUUUGUGUGGAUUCAUCAGAGAGUGAACUUGGGAUCUUGGACCUCAUCCAGGUUUUUGUGGAGACUCUGGAUAAAUGUUUUGAAAAUGUUUGUGAAUUGGAUUUGAUCUUCCAUAUGGAUAAGGUACACUACAUCCUUCAGGAGGUGGUGAUGGGUGGGAUGGUGUUGGAAACAAACAUGAAUGAAAUUGUGGCUCAGAUUGAAGCUCAGAACAGGCUGGAGAAAUCUGAGGGUGGCCUUUCGGCAGCGCCCGCCCGGGCUGUGUCUGCUGUGAAGAACAUCAACCUGCCAGAGAUGCCUCGGAACAUCAACAUUGGCGAUCUCAACAUCAAGGUCCCCAACCUGUCCCAGUUUGUCUGAGAAUGGAAGAUGGCUGAACUGAGUUCUUGGAACCAGCAAAGCCAAGCCAAUCCUGCAGCAGAAUCCACUCUGCGCCCUAGAGGAGUCCAGUCUCGGGCCCUGGCCCUUCUGUCCUGGAGCAGGAAGGAGUCCUGUGUCACCACUAGCCUGUGCUCGCUCCUCACAUGUGCAGCCUUGCCCUUCUCUCGUACACGUGGCCGCUGCAGAUGUGAGGGGCUCCGGCUGCCUCGGUAGGGGUCAGGUGACCAAGCCAUUCACCCCCUUUACCUCCCACGUGCAGCCACUCCUAGGGGUUGGGAACUGUAGUAAGAGGCCCCUCUGCUCCCAGAACUCUACCAUAAGGACAUUCUCUGACUCAAGUCUUCAAGCUUAGCACCAUAAGGCUCCUGAGGUCCUGUAGAAUUGACUUUCCUGGCAAGGUGCCGUAGCUAGAAAAGGGAUGUGGUGAGUGGCAAACAAGGACAAGAUUUAUGAGAACCAGAAUUGCCUACCUGCUCUCCUAGAAUUGUCAUACCCAGAAACCUUUUGUAUAGCUUUCCAAUCACCACCUCCUGCAGAGUGCAUCCCCCCACUGCCACAGUCCCGGCUCUAUCCCACAGGUGUUUAUAUGCAGGACACAGUCCAGUCACAAACCUGGUGCCUGCGCCCCCAUUUCUGCCGAUACAGAGAGCACCCCCCAUAGCUAGAGGGAAGAGGCCCUGUAUCUAUAGAAGGCAAGGCUGGCAACACGUGGAACAUCUCAGAAUUACAACUUCCCAGGUUUAAAAUACAUUCUCCUCAUGAGGAGCAGACGAGUCAGCUGCUGUCUUAUGAAUGAUGAGUCUUCUCCAAAGCCCACUGCUGUCUGUAUCAGCUUCUGGAGCAUGAGAGCCUCAGCUGGGAUCACCCGUCCUGGACCUGACACAGAAAGGCUGGGGACACAGGCAGCAUGCUGACUGAGACCUGCGGCAGUGAAGCAUCUUCUCCCCAGUGUGCGAGGGAUCCCUCCCUAAGCUUGCUUAUGCGCAUGCCCUGUUCUCCUCUGGUGACAGUCCCCCAGAGCUAGCUGUGGAAACAUGUAAUAAGGUAUGAUAAGACUUUCUUCCUGUGGUUAACUCAGAGCUGAAACUGCUCCUUGGAGUAGUGCCUCUUAGUCCUGCACUGCCUCAGAGUCCAGGUCUCAGAUGCAGUGCUGAGCUACCUUGAGAUUAGGGAGCUCGCUGCACCGUCACGGUCAAGUCUCCUCACCUGGGGACUUCUCGUGCCUACCAGCCCAUGGCCCAAAAUGUUUCCUCAAGCCUCCUGAUGCUCUCGCAGAGCCCAUGGGAGAUGGUGCCCGACAUGACCCUGUGUCAGAACCGUGUCUUUUCCCACUUUGAACACUGCUUCCCGUGGUUGCUGCCCUUUGCUCCCAGCAGCCUCUUGUCCUCACUCUUAGUGAACCUGUCCGGUAACCUCCGAGAUGGGCGGUGCUGAUCAGAAGGUAGGCCCUCAUGUUGGCAGAGGGAAAUGUAGGCAAAUAUAUCUGAUGUCGAAACCUCCGAUAUCAUUCUUUUAAAGGGUUUAAUUUUGGGGGUAUUUUUCUAAGGUAGCCGGUGACAGCAUAGAGUGUAAGAGCCACAGGGUCCUCCACAUGCCUCCACUGAACUGGUGAGGAAACGGAACCCAGAGUGUUAAGUGUUGUAUUGAGGGUCACACACCUAGAACCAUUCUUCUUGAGUUAAACUUUAUGGUUUAUUGUAUUGCUGCAGGACAGCCACAUGUCCUGAAUUUCCUGGGAUGGUCUUUGAAUGUUUUGCCUGUCGGAAACCAGUGAUUCCCCAAAACUGUUGACUGGUCCUAUAGACUCCAGCAGUGGGUGUCCCAACAUCAUCCCUUGUACUGCCUCUAAAAGUGACAUAAAACUGGAGUCUGGUCUUUUAUUUGGAACACUUGGUCCCUUUGGACAGGCCACAGUAAUUGUUCAUUAACUGCUUGAGGUUGCCUGAAAAUCCAGCUAGUUUUCUUACCUGCUAUCAGCAAAGCCAUAAGCUUUAGUAUGUUGAGGAAAUCCUCACUGGCCUUUUUUUGGAAAGGGAUACAAACAUUGCUGCUGAAAGAUGUCAGGUGUGAAAAUAGGGGCUGGGUUUGAAUUUGGGAGUCCUUGGCCCUGGAUGGUUUAUACUGAGAAUUUCCUAAAAUGGUACAGAACACUGGGUUUUUAGUGCUCACUGCCACUAAUUAAAAUCUAAUAUUCAUCCAUUAUGCAAUUUCUAAGUGCCCGGUGAAUGCCAGGCUCAGUUCUAGGCACUGAAGACAGACAUGAGGCUCUGCCUCCUACUGUUGUCUCCACUGAGGAUUUCUGAGUGCUCAGAUUGAAUCUGACUGGCAGCCUGAAUUUGUGGAAAGUGUAGUUAGUGACUUUGUGCUAUAUGGAAUAUUUAAAGGACAAUAACCCAUUUCCCAAACCCAGCUGACCCCCUGCUGUCCAUGUUCCAAACAGCCUAUCUUCAAGCUGGUAUAACAGAAAUGCCAUAGACCAGGUAGCUUAAAUAACAAACAUUUCUCACCAUUCUGCAGGCCGAUCCAGAUCAAGGUGCCAGCAGAUUUGGUGUCUAAUGUGGACCCACUUCCUGGUUCAUAGAGGGCCAUCUUGCUCUGUCUUCACAUCGUGAAGAGAAAGCUCUGAGCGCUUCAUCCUCUUAUAAGAUCACCAAUCCCACCCCGGGGGCUCAUCCUAACCUAAUUACCUCCCAAAGUCUCCAUCUCUGACUACCAUGACAAUGGGAAUUGGACUUAUAUGAAUUUAGGGGGACACAGACACUCAGUCCAUAAAGUGCACCUAAUUACCCACCUUUCUUUUAGGCCUACUAAUGGCCCUGUGCUUGUCACAUUGAAGAUUAAGUCAAGAUGUCUCAAGUCUUCUCAGGUCCCUGUUAUUCAGGCCUCUGCCACAUGCAGAGCCAGCCUUUCCUCCCUACCGCCUCCACCUCCACGGAGCCAGCCUAGUGAAGCCCUCUCUGGCCCCAGGUUCAUCAGAAAAGAAACCAGGGGAGUAUGGCUAAAACCAGACUGCUGGCUAAACCCUGUCUUGUGAACCAGCCUUUAGUAGGGGGCUUCCUUAGUGUGAUCCAUGGGUUUCCAAAUAGAAUGCAGCAGUGAUUGAUGCCUGAAGAUAAGAGAUCAGGAGUGAGUGUGAUCGCCAAGACAGAGAGCCACUAGGUAGGAGAGAGACCCAGUUGGGGGUGGGGGGUUGUUGGCUGCUCACACACAUCCUGGUCUUCAGCUUCCCAAGUCUCCUACUCUGCCACCAAGAGGGUGCCCAUCUCAUUGUGGUCAUUGUGAGCCUAGUGUCUGCAUACCUGCGUAUACCAGCACGUGGCCAAUGCCCACAGGUUGCCGAAUGACUGAUUUCAUGGUUAAUCGUUGACCACUGGAGAACACUGGAGGGUCCAACAUCUGCAGUGUUUUGGCAGCAGUUAGCAGAUAGGCAGACAGGCCUCCUUUAAGGAAAUGGUUCCACGGAAAUGAGUAAUCUUUCCCAAAAGACUGUUUAAGUUCUUUCCUAUUUCAAUGAAUUACUGUUUUUAAAAGGAAAUACAUUCACAUAGUUCAAAAUUUAAAAUAAAAGGUUGUUCAGCCAGGCUUCCAUCCUGUUCCCCCAAAUUUCUAAGCACCCCCAUCCCUGGUAGGAACAAGUGUUUCCAAUUUAAAAGAUUAAGAAACAAAGCCCCUUGAUUUUUAUUACCAAAACUGAGUGUACCUUCCCAAAAGAGUUCUUUUCCAUUCGAUCUUGGCGGUUGACCUCAGCCCAUUACAACCAUGACGUCCUCUGUAGGGAGGAAGUGCCCCCCAGCCCACCCCGUACAAAGUGCACACCUAUUUGAGCCCUCCCUGUCCUUGUUCUGCCUCCAUUUUCCAUGGCACUGACAUACUAUGUGUUUGGUUUGCAGUUAUUGUCCCCACUCCUAGGAAGUACACCCAUCAAGGGCAGGAGUUUUGCCUCUUGUUCAGUGCUGUGUCUCAGCUGCUAGGAAUAUGCCUGGUAUGUAUCACUCAAUAAAUUAUCAGAUCAGCAAAUGGUUGAGGCAAACAGUAAGUCAUUCUUACAGUAACUUGUAGCUUACACUCUCCAGGACCUCAUGCUCAGUCAGCACUUUGGGAAGGAGAACCUUGGUAAUGGUAUUGGGAGCAGCCAGUAGGGAGGGACCAGUUGAUGGCCUGUGGAGGACGGAGAGGAGAAAGGCAAAGCUGCUGACAGCGGAGCCCAAGUGACUGGAGGACCAGCAAGGGUGUUACUUGAGAGAGGAGGAAGGGUUUGAGAGGGAGAAAGCCCAGUUUGAAUGUGGACAUGUGAAGUUAGAGUUGCCUGAGAGUAUCUGGAAGCAGAUAUCCACCAGCCAGCUGGGAAUGUGGGAGUGGGCAGGAGAGGAAAUGAGCAUCCAUCCCAGAGAGAUGGUGGUUGAAGCCGUAGGGGUGAGUAAUGUGGCCAAGGGAUGAGAGGAGAGGGUUGAGGACACAGCCUGUGGGCAGAGGAAGGGAGAGGGGAGUCUCGACAGUGGAGCAACUUCAAGUUGAUGGAGGACUUUCAGUGGGAAGGCUGAGAGGCCAAGGGCUGGGGACUGAGAAGAGAUUACCUCUCUUAGUCUUGCUGUUGCCCCCACCAAGGAAGUGAGGGAACUUCGAAGGGGUGGUUCUAGCCUAGUGGUGGGGCAGAUCUAAAUUACAAGGUGGUCGUGUAAGCAUGGAUCACAAUCCAGCUCUGUGACGUACAGAGCUUUGGGAAGGUCAGUGUCCUCAUCCACAAAGGAGUACCAAUAGCUCCUGCCUCGGGGGUUGUUUGAGGGAUAACUGAGAAUUGAUGAAGACCACAAAAGACUCCAUGAGCACAGGCUGCUGUCAUCAUUGGGGUUUUUGUAGAGGGAUGGAAGCUGGAGUAGAUGCAAUUAGCUGGGAGACGUUUGGUGGCGCUGGGAAGGAGAGACUGCAGUCCGUAGUGCCAAGUCCUGGCAGAAGGCCUCAAAGGUGGUGCUGCGGAGGGAUGAUAGGGACAGUGGCUGCUGGCCUGGCCCCACAUGUGGGGUCCCAGGCACAUAUCUAGAGGCCACCACUAGAUAAAGCUGUAGAGAAAGUGGUGAAAUCUCUGGAAAGUGAAGCUUCCCUUACAGUAAGGAAUUUGAAGACAUGGAAAAGCAAACGUGAUUGGUAGGACCAGAAGUGUGGGGGACACAGCCUGGAACCCCCUUCCUCCAGAAUCAGCGGGAAAUGGAGAGGUCCCGCAGGCACAGUGGAAGGAAUCAGCAUUUAGCCAGGACCAGGGUGAGGGCCUCUGGCCAAGCAGACCUGGCCGAGAAUUGGGGUCCUAUAGGGACUCCAUGCUUCCCAUGAGAAAUGGGAUCUUUGGGCUUUUCCAAGAGCAAACCUUACCUUUUUGUUCAACUCUAACAGCAGCCUGACCUCCUGAGAGCACUUGGGAACAGGGAUGCCUUCCCUUGCCACUUAGGACUGUGCCAUGCCUUCAGGAGGUCAGGUUGAGGGUUGUCUUCUGCAUCGAUGAGGAUGAAUGCCCUUUGCAAACCCAUGGGAUAAAGGCACAGCUGAAGUGAUAGAAAGAGGUACGGGUAAAUAUUAAAAUUUUUUUGAGAGUUCAGCUUUUUGUUGAACAUUACAAAAGUGGUUUAGUCAAAAAGCCCAAAGCCCAUCUCAUCAGACUCCUCAGCUUCUUCUUUCUUUGCUUCCACUUUUCUUUAGCAGGGUGGCAGUGGAGGGGGCAGGACCUCCUGCUGGGGCAGCACCAGCUGCUGGGGCAGGUCCCCCCACCCCUGCAUGCAGGUGAGGCUCCCAACAUUGACAUUGGCCAGAACCUUUGCAAACCUGGCCAGAAGGGGUCAAUAUUUACACCAGCUGCUUUAAUGAGGGCAUUGAUCUUAUCCUCUGACCACCAGCACCUCAUUGUCAUAUGGGAUGAGGGCCGAGAAGAUGCAGGCGAGCUCCCAGUCGGAGGCCAAGGUGCGGGCUGGUGCUGCACAGGCACUGCUGGGCACUAGUUGCCAGUUGAAGUGAGGGCCUCACCCCAACUCAACCUGAGCUUACUCAAAGGGACCAAGCACUUGGUGGCAGUUGAGAAAAGGGAGCUGGGUAAAUUUUUCAAAGACGGGUCCAUUGGCUCCCCAGACUCACGUGAUAUUCAAAAUAUUUACCAGUUGGUAUGGCUCAGGCACUGACAGGUGAAGAUACCGAAUGGGGGCUUGGGGAGGUUACUGCUGGGCCAAGAUGCUUCUGCCCCCAGGCCCCUGCCUCUUCUGUGGCAACGGGGAGAAGCCAGGAGGCUGCCACACCUGGAGCUGCUGUUCGGUCCUCUGCUGGCCUGGGUAAGGGGGAGAUAAAGCUUUGUUGGUUGCACCUGUGGCUUAGUGAGUCAGGCUGUCGCUUACUACUCGGGCACUGCAGUCGGAGGGACAAGGAGGCUUCUCAUACCCCAUCCCCAGACCCUCACAAGCUGGCAGUGAAACUGGAAGCCAAGAGACAACCACAAGCUCUGGACACACCCCCCACAGAAGGUCACCGCCUUUGCCCUGGGCGGCCUGGGUGUGAAGCUUUCCUCCAGUUGACCAGUUCUGAGUAUUGGGCACUGGGUGCCCUUCCCUUGACCUCUCUCCAAGCCUCCGAGUGGCUCCUCAGCUGUCUGCAGGCCACACAAAUCUUACUCUGGCAGGCAUGAGGUAGCUGCAGGCCAAAGAUGGCAACAUGUACAUCCUGGGAGGUAAUCCUUUCUUGCUAGGGAAGAGCUUAUCUAACUGAGGCAAGCUAGGAUUUGAACUGACAAUUGCUAAACCAGCUUUUCUCGAAAUUCUUUUGUCUAUCCGGGAGGUACAGCUGGACCUGCUUCCUCAGCACCAGUCUGCGACGAGGUGGCUCCCGCUCAGAUGCUGGACUGGGCACUUCGGGGUGUUUUCUGCUGAAAUUCCCCCUCGUUUCUGCUGAGUUUCCCAGCCUCUACCUGCCUCCUGUCCACCAGCUGGGGUCUGGCUAGGCUCUAACCAACCCAUCAGCUGUUUAAAAGUGUACGAUGAUGUUGCAAGAUUGGAAGGAAAUCCCUCAGUCCAAGGUCUGUGCCAAACAGGCAGGUGUUACCAUGACGCUACCUGGAUCGCGCUGGGCCUGGUGCAGGUUGGUCGCCUGCAGCGGGCCCUCCCUGGCAGGCCUCUCUCUGAGCCGCAGUGCCGGGUUUAUAACCCUUUCCUGUCAGGUCCUUCACUCCCAGCCCCAGCCCAGCCCAGCCCUGCUGAGUUGCUUUGGGCUCCCGUGGCCCCAGAAAGGCCACAGACUCCAGGCCGGGCCAGGCCUUUGCCCUGGUGGUCCCCUCUGCCUGCCUUCAGGUCUUCCUCACUCCCUCAGUUCAGGAGAAUCUCUGCACAAAUGUUACCUUCAGAGGACUUCCCUGUCCUCUAUUUCUCAUGUCACUUAUCACCUGACAUGAGUGUAUGUAAUGUCAACCUCUGUUUUUUCACUAUUUUUUGCUGCUGUUUUGCUGUGCCUUGCACAGUGCCUGACCCACUUCAGCUGUCAGUAAAUAAAAUGAUUGUUCAUGAAUGAA